AGUGGCGUUUCUGCUCGCGCUGAGUUGUUUUCAGUUUAUUUGCCUGAGCCCACCAGUAGCGUUUCCGCUCGCGUUGGGUUCUUCUUUGGUUUGUUUGCCUAAACUCACCAGUGGCGUCUCUGCUCGUGCUGAGUUCAUCCUUAGUCAAUAAUCGAGUCGCCAGUAGCGUUUCCUGCUCGUGUUGACUUGUCCUUGGUAGCGGGCUGAUCACGCCUUUCAGCAGUAUGAUGCUGGAUAGUUUAUGUUGCUCGACCUGUCUGGCUCCACUUCAGCCCGAUGACGGGCAUGACUUGUGUCCCUCCUGCCUCGGUGUGGAACAUCUCCGGGAGGCGCUGUCAGAUGACGCUUGCCCCAACUGUCGCGUCAUGCCCCGGUCGGUCAGACUGGAUCGGUUGGCUGCACUGGAGCAGCCUACCGACUGGGCGGGCGCUUCGCCACGUGCUCGUUUGCCGAUGGAGAAAGCGGUGUGCAAACGUUCUACUGGGGCUGCACCUUCGGUACCGACAAAGCGUGCUAGACGGACCGAUGCAGGGAGGUUGUCCACGAAAGUGGAUCAUCUCACUGCUGAGCUGGCCCAAAUGAAAGCCCUCCUCCAGUCCUUUCAGACUGCUGGUGAUCGUGGCACGGCUCUCCCUACCGAGCAGGAUGAAACGUCAGUCAAUGACGACGAUGCUGUUUCCGUGGCGGCCUCUGGCACCCAUUUCUGUGAGGACCUUCCGGAGCUGGGCUCCGGGGCCUCUGGGUCGGACUCCAUUGCCUCUCAGGAGGAUACGGGGGAGUCUGUGACAUCCGCUAUUCGAACGGCUCUUGCCCGUUUACAAAUUAGUGUUCCUCAGGCCCAGAGGUGGUGGAGUGCAUCUGGAAGGUCUUUGGCAGGGCGGACGUGGACCUCUUUGCCUCAAGGGACGCAUUUCAUUGUCCCCUUUGGUUCUCGUUGGACAACAGCAGCCCUCUGGGCCACGAUGCUCUGGCACACGACUGGCCCCGGACCCUCCUUUAUGCCUUUCCGCCAUUCAGCCUACUUUUUCAGACUCUCCUCAGGGUACGUCAGGAGGGGCACAGGGUCCUGCUGGUGGCCCCCUACUGGCCAGCGAGGACUUGGUUUCCUCUACUGUGCGAGCUCAGCUCCGGCUCGCCAAUGCGUCUCCCCUCCAGGAGAGAUCUUCUUUCCCAGAUGGGGGGUCAGAUCUUGCACCCCGAACCGGACCGGCUCCAGCUCUGGAUUUGGCCCCUGCAAGGCCGGGGUCCACCUUCUCGAGAUACACUGGGUCCAUAGGGCAUACAAUGGCUAAUGCAUGGGC